AUGCGUCCUCUAACUAUCCUCUCCGUCCUCACUACACUCUCCGCCACACUCGCGGUCCCCUUCUCCCACGCAUCCAGCUCGUCCAGCGCAUCAAAAUCGACCCCCUCGUCAACACGGCCAGCGAGUCUGCCCUCGCCGACCCUCAGCCCACCUAAUGCUUGUCCCCCAAAGAAGUCCAAGCAAUGCUGUGCAACCCUCAGCGAAUUCCAGGAUGGCCUGCUCCAGCCCUUGGGUGUGGUCGUUCCGCUUCUGAGCGGGAUUCAGAUGAAUUCAAUUCUCGGGCUGUCGUGCAAGGGCAUGGCCGACACGGCCCCGGAAACCGACUGCGCGGAUGCAGUCAUGUGCUGUGAUUCUUCGGCAGUUUUGAGCACGGAAUUGGCUGACUCGGUUCUUUCCCAGGGCACGGAAAACAUCAUGCAGACUUCCUGCGAGGACUUCGAGAUCGCGAAGAAGCAUGAGCGGGAGGCGAUUGAGCGACAGCAGAGGCGGUUUUCGGCUAUGGAGCGGAUGAUGAUGUCGCAGUCUGCUACACCGAGCCCGACGCCGGUCGGCCGGAUGCGCUCGUCUGUCUCGGGGGCGAUGGCGACGCCGACCAAGGUCUAA